AUGCUGCGUAUCAGCUUUUCUCAAUUACUCUUUGUGACACUGCUCGUUCUGUCUGUCGUCUUUGCAGCAGACGCAGUUGAAUCACAGGCUUCGCAACGUGAGUCUCUCCAGGAUGCGUUGGCCGAUCUAAAUGCGGUCUCCUUCCACGAUGCUCUGCAUGUGCUCUCUACCAAAUUCCGCCAUGGAAUCUUCCCGACUGACCUUCAUGCCGCCGAAGCUCUUCAAAAUGAGGAACCCACCAUUGCCAGUCUGGUCAGGCUCGCCAAGCGCCAGAGCAAUGGCACUGUCAGCCCCGAUCCAUCUGUAACUCCUGCUCCGCCCGUGACUGGGUCUAGCUCUGAACCGGUCCCUGAUCCUUCCUCGGAUUCGACUGCUACUUCUGCUCCUGACACCAGCGUGCCCGGCUCUUCAUCAAGCGCAGAGCCAACUCCUAGCCCUGAGCCCACUCCAACUGGGCCCACCGCCACUCCUUCCGACCCUAGCAGCUCUUCGGGUUCAGUCUCGGUUCCCGAUGAGACCUCUAGUACCUCUAGUGUGCCGCCCACUUCCACUUCCGUGCAUUCGACUACUCAGACCACUCAGACUUCGACUACCGGUGCUCCCUCGACUAUGACGACUACCACGAGCACUUCGUCCCGCUCGUCGACCUCGACUACUACUCGUCAUUCGACUACCUCCACUAAGACGACGCAGCACACCAGCCUGACCACCUCCACCUCCAAGAGCACGACCACCAUGCCCGAUGGCAGUUUGAGCACUAUCACCUCCAUUACUGUCAUCACCCCAGAGGCGACCGGCAAGGGAGGCUCGCCUACUGCCGGUGGUAAGCCCGGUCUGCAGACUGGUGGCGCUGCACUUGCUACUGGGAUGGCUCGCGAGGUUGUCGCCAUGGUUGGUGGUGCCGUCGUGGUUGCCAUGGCUCUGUGA